UGAGAUGAUUGGUACCAGACCUACACCAUCUAGCCUUCCAUUCAUCGCCCUCCGCUAUCUGAUUUGAGGUCUCUCGCUUAUAGGAGGCUUAUGAUAAUUUGAAAUGAGUCAAAUAGCUCUAUAGAUCCAGACUCGCGUCUCUUUCCCCUUUCCAGAUCUCCAACCCCUUAUUGCUCUAUUGAUAAUAUUGUCGAGGAGAGAGCCUUGCCUCGAAGAUGAAGUUGUUCACCGCUACCGCGCUCAUCGCGCCCGUCUACGCCGGACUCCGCUUUCCGUGCUCGACGCUGACAAUCCAACGCCUUGAUCCUGUCGUACAGCCUGGCGAGAGCCCUUCCGCCCACGUCCACCAUAUCGUCGGUGGAAAUGCCUUCAACGCUACCAUGACCGGUGACGUCGGUGCCAGGGCUUCCUGCACCACUUGCCAAAUGUCGGAGGACUUUUCCAACUACUGGACUGCUCACUUAUAUUUCAAGCACCCGACCAACGGCUCCUACCACCGCGUACCAGUGGUUCCCGUCCAGCCCCUGCUAGGAGGUUCGAACGGCGCUCAGGGUGGACUUACCGUCUACUACACCCAGUUCGACCUGAGCAGGGACAAUCUUGCGCAGCAAAAGAUCACAGCUUUCCCAGCGGGGUUCCGAAUGACCGUCGGCAGCCCGACCGCCACGAGCCGAUCGCACAUCGGCCUCAACUACCAAUGCAUGACGGGAGGCAGCCGAGGUCCUCUGCGGUCCGAUUUCCCUGACGCCCCAUGCUCGGGCGGGAUCUUUACCUCGCACCACUUCCCCGCGUGUUGGGACGGCAAGAACCUAGACAGCCCGGACCACCAGUCUCACAUGUACAACACGGUCGACUCUGACUACUUCAACAACGCGCCUCCGUGUCCGGCAUCUCAUCCCGUCCGCGUACCCCAAGUCACGUUCGAGACGACGUGGGACACGACCAAGUUCAACAGCAUGUGGCCGUCGGGCGCGCCGAACCCGUUCGUCUGGAGCUUCGAGGGCAGCGGGUACGGCACGCACGCCGACUACAUGUUCGGCUGGAAGGACGACGCGCUGCAGCGCGCGAUGGACAAGUCCGAGUGCUUCUACGACGGCUGCGGUUCUAUUACUAAGCAGGCCAUGACCACCGCCAACCAGUGCAAGAUCGAGACCACGAUCGACGAGGAGACGGACGGAUGUAAGUUCUUAAGGAAUUUUUUUUUUAUCUCAGCGAGAUCUAGGUAGAUGCUGAUUAAUAUGAUAGGGCUCGACAAGCUUCCCGGUAUGCCAUAGGAGGGCUAGGUUGGUAGAGGUUUAGGCGUGGUGGUUGUGGCUAUUCGUUUCGUCAUUAAGUGUAUAAGCUCCGCCAGUCGACCUUGGGGGCGAGAAUCGGGUUGGGUUU